GGGUCUUCUUCUUCUACGCUGAGAAAUUCAGGGAACUGAAGAGGAGAAAAAGAUAAAAGAAUGCCAAACCCUAAAGUUUACUUCGACAUGACGGUCGGCGGCCAACCGGCCGGCCGGAUCGUGAUAGAGCUCUAUGCCGACGUCACUCCCCGCACCGCUGAGAACUUCCGUGCACUGUGCACCGGUGAGAAGGGAGUCGGCAGGAGUGGUAAGCCACUUCAUUACAAAGGCUCGUCGUUCCACCGUGUGAUCCCUAAUUUUAUGUGCCAGGGAGGCGAUUUCACCGCCGGAAAUGGUACCGGAGGUGAGUCGAUCUACGGCGCGAAGUUCGCCGACGAGAACUUCAUUAAGAAGCACACCGGUCCUGGUAUUUUGUCCAUGGCGAAUGCUGGACCUGGAACCAACGGAUCUCAGUUCUUCAUUUGCACCGAUAAGACCGAUUGGCUCGAUGGUGCGCACGUUGUGUUCGGUCAUGUCGUUGAGGGCAUGGAUGUGGUAAGGGCCAUCGAGAAGGUCGGAUCGGACUCUGGAAGGACUAAGAAACCGGUUGUGAUUGCCGAUUGUGGCCAGCUCUCUUAGAUUGGCGGACGCACUCACUCUACCGUCGGCUGCCCUGCCGAAAUGGUAUCUAUGAUGAUUUCCUAUUUGCGUAUGUUGUUUAAAUUGAUGCGAAUGUAGGUCAGUGCGAGUCUCUUCUUAUUCUAUGGGUCAUAGGUUUAUGCUACUGCUUGAGUAACGCGCCACUGCCGUUCUACCUUAAUUAGUGGUGGUCCUGCGGUGGCUCCUAGACAUAAUUGGUUGUUCAAACCAAGAACCUUCAAUAAUAUGGCUGUCUUUAGCGCUCUACCUCAUAAAUCCCUGGUCCCUGUGUUCAACUAUUUGCAUCUGCAUAUUCAUCCGAUCUUUAAUGUUAGUUU